CCACCCCGCUUUUGGGUAUAAAAGAUCGCUCGAAAUCGUUUGGUCGUCACCGAGCCGCGCGACUUCUAUCUCCUCAGAACUACUCAUCCUCCGCUAAAAACCACCGAAGUUUUCCCGCCACAAGUAUUCUUUCCCACGAUGGCAUUUAAGUACCUGUGUUUAUUGGUGGCCUGCUUGAUUUUGGCAUCGGUGGACGGAAUGCCACGACACCACUCCAUCCAAAAGAGGAGCAUGCGGCUAUGCGGACGAAUGCUUGUAGACGCUCUCGCAACCGUCUGCCAGAAUGAAUACUACGACCCCAACCACAUCCAGAUGAGGAAGAGGAACUACGCUUACACAGCCGAUACCUACCCCAGCUGGGACAAUUCCAUGACAGACUUCAAAGGCUUCGUGGAUCCCCAAACUGCCCUGGAUUUCUUCGGACUUCAGAUGCCCCGCAACCCACGGGGGGUGGCGGACGAGUGCUGUUCCAAAAGCUGCACCUUCCACCAGCUCCUUUCCUAUUGCGGCCCAAGCUCCAGAUCCCUCGAGAAGUAAACAGCCCCAACCGCCCAAUCUUAAUGAUCAGUAGUUGGGACCACUUUCGUUUCAGGAUGGCCAUGGAGAUUGAUUUAAAAUUUAUACUCGAAGAUGGUGUAUUAUCGGGUUCUAGCUCUUCAGUAUUCUGGUUUUUUUCAUCCAUUUAGUAAACUUUGCUUUGCACAUGGCAGUUUUGUCAACUUUUGUUUCAGAUAUACGAUUAUUCUUUUAGGGUGGGUUUAAAUAUUAAAGUGGCACAAUCGUACCUGGUGCUUGACCAUGUGCCUUAAAAAAUGAAGGAAUAGGAAAGAGAUAAAUUACUUUUUUUCAAACUUAUAUAAAGUAGAAAUAGCCUCAAAAAAAUGUGUUCAUCGUAUUUCGAUAAAUAAUUUUGUAACCACACUAAAUGGAGAAACAAGCGGAAAUGGUGAGGUAUUUGUCCUCUUAUAGAAUGUGUUCUUUACCAUUCAGUAUUAUAUCAUUCCAUAAAUUCAUGUACUGAAAAGUUUUUCUAUAGAAAAAGAGAAUAAAAACUAUAUAUCACAGUAAAUUAGGGAAAAAAAGCUGCAAUAAUGGAUGUUAAAAUCAUCUAACUUGAAUUCCUGAUAUUUAAUAUAAAUUUAAACUUAGAUUUUAGUUUAACUUGGAAAAAGGAAAAUUCUUCAAAAUCGUUGAGAUCGUUUUAGUUUUGCUUGCAAGUUUCCGAUUGGUAUUUAUUACCGUCCUAUCCCCAACUACUGAGCAUUACUUUUCAAUCAAAAGAAAUUCUCCAGUUUCUAUAUACCUCCUCAUCCAGAUCCGAUGGGGUUUGUGUUCCACGAAGGACUUAUUUGUAUUGUUCCUGGGAUGGCAAGCAACCAGGGCUGUUCCCAAUGCCGGGGCAGAUCCCUUUCGUUGCUAACCACUUCCUCAUGCCAAAUAAGCAAAUUUCGAUGUAAUUUAUGUUAUCAUCUCUUGCACUGUUCUAUAUUUAAAUCAAAGCACACUCUCUUUAAGUGUAGAUAUUUUGUCAUGGUACCAUUAAAUACCGUCAUUUGAUUGUA